AUGAACGGCUCACCCAACAUCCGAACUCGCAAGCAAGCAGCAGCGGCGGAGAAGCAGGCUGGCACCCCAAACGGCCAACCCAACGGUUCCGCCAACUCCAAACGCUCUUCCUUAAUCGCAGAGCAACCAGAAAACAUUUUCCUAUUCUAUCCUAACAUAAUCGGCUACUCGCGUAUUAUUCUCGCCCUCGCCUCCCUCUACUACAUGCCACUCCAUCCACGUACCUGUUCCCUCCUUUACAGCAUAUCCUGCCUCUUGGACGCUCUCGAUGGCGUCGCGGCACGCUACUUUGAGCAAUCUACCCAGUUUGGCGCAGUGUUAGAUAUGGUGACGGAUAGGUGCACAACUGCGUGUUUGCUCGUGUUUUUGAGCAGUGCAUGGCCGAGAUGGGCGCUAUUGUUCCAGGGGCUCAUCAGUCUAGAUUUGGCUAGCCAUUACAUGCAUAUGUAUGCUACGCUAACGAUGGCGGGAAAGGGAAUGAGUCACAAGAAGGUCGACGAGAACCGGUCGAAGCUGCUCCACCUCUACUAUACGAAUAAGAACGUGCUUUUCACAGUUUGCGCGCUUAAUGAACUCUUCUUCAUAGCCCUCUACCUCCUCUCUUUCUCCUCGCCCACCCUCUCUCCCUCUCUCCUCCCCACCGGCAAAUCUCCCGGCUCUUCCUCUCAGCCCGGCAGUCCGUCUCAUCCAGCUUCCAAAUUAUUUGCAGCGCCGGGCACCGCAUGGGCUAUGGAACUGGCCAGAGCAAACAAGAUGGAUUCCACCUGGCCAUGGGUAUUUGCGGCCAUUUCGUCCCCCGUGAUGGCGGCGAAGCAGAUUUUGAAUGUGGUGCAGUUGGUCAAGGCGAGCAAAUGGCUUGCUGAGGGGGACAUCAAGACGAGGAGGGAGCAGGGGUUACCAAGGAAGAAGAAGAAUUGA